ACACCCGUAGCCAAAAAUACAGUGUGCACGAGCUCGCAGAAGAUAAAAUGGGCGCCUUACUGCAACCUUUCCCGGUCACAGCAACUCUCGUCUCGCCCAUGGGUAGCUCUCUUCAAAUCUGCAUCCACUCCGGCCUCGUCGUUGGUAAUGAAUCCGGCGGAAGAUAUUCAGCUCUCCCGUUAAGAAAGCCACUCUCCACCAAUUGGCCCGGCGAUUGCAAGGCAAGUGAACUCCGAUAUCACUUGGGGAGCAAGAAUUAUGACCGGAGACGGAGAGAUUUUGGAAGCAACACGAAGAAGGGGACACCCCACCUCAUGAAUCGACAGCAUACCAUACCAAUCUUGAAGCCUUCCCCGUUCUCUUUGAUUUGAUUCAUUCAUCGACAGAAGUUGUCUUCCACUUCAAAGAAUCGUCGAUUCAGCGUUCGGGUGUCGAUGGGUUCGUUUUCAGUCGAUGAUCUAUCCCGUCCUCAUGAUUCUCUGUUCCUUGGAUUCGACAGCUCUACUCAGUCCUUGAAGGCCACUGUGUUGGACUCCAAUCUCAAUAUUGUUACUUCACAGCUAGUUCAUUUUGACUCUGAGUUGCCUCAUUACAAGACCCAAGAUGGGGUUUACAGAGAUCCCGCCGUUAAUGGCAGAAUUGUUUCUCCCACUAUAAUGUGGGUUGAGGCUUUGGAUCUUGUUUUUCAAAAGCUCACCAAGUCCAAUCUUGAUUUUGGGAAAAUUGCUGCUGUUUCUGGUAGUGGACAGCAGCAUGGCAGUGUCUAUUGGAAGAAGGGCAGUUCUGCAAUAUUGUCAUCGUUGGAUUCCAAGAGAUUAUUGGCUGAUCAGCUUAGCGAUGCUUUUUCAAUCAAGGAAUCACCAAUAUGGAUGGACAGCAGCACCACUGCGCAGUGUAGAGAGAUAGAGAAAGCUGUUGGAGGCGCGUUGGAGUUAUCUAAACUUACAGGCUCGCGCGGUUAUGAGAGAUUCACAGGCCCGCAAAUUAAGAGGCUCUUUGAGACACAGCCGGAUCUUUAUAACAAUACUGAUAGGAUCUCUCUUGUUAGCUCAUUCAUGGCAUCUCUUCUGAUUGGGGCUUAUGCUUCAAUUGAUGAAACUGAUGGUGCGGGGAUGAACUUGAUGGAUAUAAAGCAAAGAGCCUGGUCUAAGAUUGUUUUAGAGGCUACAGCUCCUGGUUUGGAGGAAAAGCUUGGUAAACUUGCUCCAGCACAUGCUGUUGCUGGACAAAUCUGUUCCUAUUUUGUAGAGAGGUAUAAAUUCAAUAAAGAUUGUUUGGUUAUUCAGUGGUCAGGAGACAACCCAAACAGUUUAGCAGGUUUAACCCUAAGCACACCUGGAGAUUUGGCAAUCAGUCUAGGCACCAGUGACACUGUGUUUGGAAUCACUAAAGAUCCUCAACCUAGAUUGGAAGGUCAUGUUUUCCCUAAUCCUGUGGAUAUAGAAAGCUACAUGGUAAUGUUGGUCUACAAGAAUGGGUCACUGAUGCGUGAAGAUGUCCGUAACCGCUGUGCCGAGAAGUCCUGGGAUCUUUUCAAUAAAUUUCUUCAGCAAUCACCUCCACUGAAUGGUGGGAAGUUAGGCUUCUAUUACAAGGAGCAUGAAAUCCUUCCUCCCCUUCCUGUUGGCUUUCAUAGGUACAUUAUUGAGAAUUUCACUGGUGAAACUCUUGAAGGCUUGAAUGAACACGAAGUCCAAGAAUUUGAUCCUCCCUCUGAGGUCCGGGCUUUGAUUGAGGGCCAAAUUCUCUCAAUGCGUGCUCAUUCAGAGAGAUUCGGGAUGCCUUCUCCAAAACGAAUCAUAGCCACCGGUGGAGCAUCAGCAAAUCAAACCAUUCUAAACUCAGUUGCCUCCAUUUUUGGCUGCGACGUAUUUACUGUUCAACAGACAGAUUCUGCUUCUCUAGGAGCUGCAUUGAGAGCUGCACAUGGUUGGCUGUGCAACAAGAAGGGCAGUUUUGUGCCUAUCUCAUGCCUGUAUGGAGACAAGAUGGAUAAGACAUCUCUCACCUGUAAGCUUGCGGUGACUGCCGGAGACCAACAACUCGUUUCCAAGUAUUCCUUGUUAAUGAAGAAGAGAAUGGAAAUAGAGAAUCGACUUGUGCAGAAGUUGGGUCGCUGUUAGAAAUAAAAUGUGGUUCAGCUGAAAUUUGAGAUGGAAGAAAUGAAAUCCCCGUUGAGGCAUCUGAAAUAAACUGCAAAUAAAUAAUUUUUUUUAGCUGAAUAAGACAACAAUCUUGCAUAUGCGUUUUCGUAUGAAAUCAUUUUGUCAGUGUCAAGAUAAUGUAGUAGAAUGGACAGAUGGAUUUGGCAGUAACGUUUGUUUCUCUCUGUGUGGUCAUCCUCCCAUGAUGUAUUUGC